AUGCAUAAGGGAGCUGUUGUUGGCAUGGGGUCGGUAUCGGGAGCCACCGUGGCUUCAUCUCACGCGCCGGCCAUGUGGUUUGGCCCACAAAGGGAAUUUGUGCUACUUUGUGACAGAGGAGAACUCCCCAGGCUAUUUAGCCUUUGCUGUACAGAUGGUUGGUUAUUGCUUUGCAUCAAUUCACAGGCCAAUAUAGAGGGUUUGCAUUGUGAUGUCAGGGCAUGGUUGCCAUGCGGUCAUGGUGACAUCAGAAGGUUGCUGUGGUGCACAAAAGGCCUCAGCGUCAGAGCAGCCCUAGGCCUUGCUCAGUGCAGGAUGCUCAGUGCAUCCUCUUGGUUGAGGCACGUGUCAGUGGGCAGCUGCACACUGACAAGAGCCUUGUUUUCUUGUGUUGGAGUGAAUCUGCGCAGCAGUGCUACAAUGAUUGAGCAAUUUGCUGCUGCAUUUGUCACUGUUUACGGCGUUUCUUAUUCUGCCUAUUACCUGACUAACCUGGCACGUCACGUGAAGCAUGUAUUCAGUGGUGCUGAUGCUAAGACGACAGAAGCAGCAGCAGUCUCCGCCCCGGCUCCCUCUGCUCCUGGAGAAGAAGCCAAAGAGGAGCAAAAGGAGCAAGACGACCACGAGCCUGCAGCUGUGGUCACAGCAGAGCCUGAUGCUUCCAAGGGAAUCCUUCCAGAGAAAGAGCAGGAGCAGAUUGCCUUAUCAGAGAUGCCAUGCCAGACUCAGGGAGAGCUGAGAGCCCGAGAGCAGGAAGAGCAGCUCAGGCAGCAGGUGGAAGAGCCACAGGAGAAUGGCCAGAAUAUCAAGGCAGAGCCACAAGCAGAGCUGCCCGAAGCUCAGAGUGCCAUCACAGAAGUGAAGAAGAGGAACCAGGAAGACACGAGAAGAAUUCAAGAGGAGAUGAAUCUCCAUCAGCAGAGGGGCGAUCAACAAAACCAGGUGAGUGAAAGAGUGGCAGCCACUCCACUCAUGAAACAUCCUCUCUCUUGUAUUUUAGAGAACUUGAAGGAACAGCUGGACACAGACUUUCAGAAAGCUCACGCUAAGAUCAAGGCAAGGGAGAAGAGGCAGGAGGAAGAAAUGAAAAUCAUCAGAGAAAAAUUUAAUCCCCUCCCUCAGGCUCUACAAAAGCAAGUGGCCAUAAAGAAAAUAAAUCUCCAAGAACUGAGGAAGAAGGAACUAAGAGUCUAUGAACUCAUGGUCAUGAAGACAAAUAUGAAUCCCAAUCUGGUCAACUAUUUAGACAGCUACCGUGUGGAUGGGCAGCUCUGGCUGGUCAUGGAGUACAUGGACGGAGGCACUCUGAGCAAUGUCAUCAGCGAGACCCACCUGUCUGAAGACGAGAUGGCAGCCAUCAGUCGGGAGUGCCUGCAAGGCCUGGAUUUUCUUCACUCGAACCAUGUGAUCCACCGAGAUGUGAAGAGCAGCAACAUCCUUCUCAGAACCGACGGCUCUGUCAAGCUGGCUGACUCUGGCCUCUUUGCUCAGCUCACCCCUGAGCAGAGUCGACGGAGCUCAGUGGCCAGCACUUCUGGGUGGAUGGCGCCUGAAGUGGUGACAGGUCAACCAUGUGGCCCCAAAGUGGACAUAUGGUCUUUUGGAAUCAUGGGCAUCGAAAUGGUGGAACGAGAAGUUCCUUACUGGAAUGAAACUCCUGUUUCGCCUCAACUCCUGAUAGACAUACGAGGGACACCAAAGCUGCAGCAGCCCAACCGAUUCUCGCCUUGCCUGCGUGACUUCCUGAGCUGCUGCCUGCUGAGAAACGAGGCACAGCGCUGGUCAGCCAAGGAGCUCCUGCAGCAUCCAUUUGUAACACUUGCUGAGCCUGCGUCCUGCCUGGUGCCACUGAUUGUUUCAGUGAAGAAGAGGAAGGAGACAAGAAUGUGAUAAUCACAUCAGGACCAUUACCAUUGACUUAGAGUAGGAUUGUAGGUUAGGGUUAGGGUUAGG